CAGUCACAUCCUCCACAUUGUGUUGAGCUUCACACAGCUGUCACAGCCUCCAGCCCCUCUCAGUAAAGGAGAACCCAGAUCCUCUAGAAAACAUGGACUUCAAUGGAACAUGGCAGGUCUACUCUCAGGAGAACUACGAGGAGUUCCUUAAGGCCAUGGAACUCCCUGAGGAUGUCAUCAAGAUGGCUAAGGACAUCAAGCCCAUUACUGAGAUCAAGCAGAAAGGCAAUGACUUUGUUGUCACCUCCAAGACCCCUGGGAAAUCUGUGACCAACUCCUUUACCCUCGGCAAGGAGGCUGAUAUCACCACCAUGGACGGCAAGAAGCUCAAGUGCAUCGUCAAUCUGGAGGGUGGCAAACUGGUCUGCAAAACUGGCAAGUUCUGCCACAUCCAGGAGCUCAAGGGAGGAGAGAUGGUUGAGACUUUGACCAUGGGCUCAACAACUCUUGUCAGGAGGAGCAAGAAGAUGUAAACUUGGGAGUGAAGAAACCAAUGUCUAUUUAAAUAAACAAAAAUAUUGCUUCAUAA